UAAAUAUUAUAUGCAAGUAUUAAAUAUUGUGUAGUUAUUGGGAUAUUAAAGAAAAAUGUCUGAGGCUUUAGCACAACAUUUCAUAACAGAAGAGUUCACUCCUGAAAAAUUUGUAAAAAAUCUUAGUUCACAUUGUAUUGGUGCCGAAGAUCUAAGACAUCAAAGAGCAAAAAUUCAAGAAUUAGCAGACAGUAUUUCUGCUUUAUUGAAACUUAAUGUUUAUCAAAAUUAUAAUCAAUUUAUAGAAACUGCAAAAGAAAUCUCUCACUUAGAAACUGAAAUGUAUCAAUUAUCUCAAUUACUAAGUGAACAACGAUCUUUAUUAAGUAUUUUUGGAACAAAUCAGAAUAUUGUAUUUGAAAAUAACUUUGAAAUUAAGUCACCAACUUCUGUAGAAUUUCAAUUUAAAGAGGAAGAAUCUAAAUUAAAAUUAAUACAAUUACUUGAAAAUGUAGAAGGUGCUAUGAGUCUUUUAGAAACACCUGGAAGAAUGUGUUUGUAUGAAGGAUCCUUGUUAGAGUUAGACCCAGUAGAGGGUUUGCCAUUAAAGCGAAUACAUGCUUAUUUAUUUAAUGAUGUUUUAAUGAUUGCUUCUUGGUUGGCCAAUGGUAAUAGAAGAGGUCCACCAAGAUAUAAAAUGCAGGUGAUCUAUGAUUUACAAAGUUUAGCGAUUGUCAAUAUCAAAGAUUUAGGGACUGUAAAACUUGCUUUCAAAUUAUUAUCUUUUCCUGAUACAAGAGUUUUUCAAUGUACUAAUGCUAUUAGUAAGAGAGAAUGGCUUGAGAAAUGUGAACAAGCAAAAAAAUUAAAAAUAGCCCAAGAAACUCAACUAAAACCUAUACAUACAAAAAAGUCAACUAAAAUGGAAUUAUUAUAUACUGUUUCUCAAUCCAAAUAUUCAGAAACUGGUACUGUAGGUAACAAUAAAAUAGAUAAACACCAUUUUUAUGAGCCAUUUCCAGAGUGGAUGUUAGAAGUUACAGAAGAUUUGGAUUCCUGUAUUGCUCAACGACAUUUUGAAAAAGCAUACAAACUAAUAGAAAAAGCAAAGGUAUUUGUAAAUAAUGCUUUACCUACCCCUCAAUUAAAUGAAACAACUUUAAAGAUUAAUAGUAGAAGUUAUUUCCUUAUUAAUGUUCUUACAAGAGAGUUAGAGUUAAGUGUUGAAGCUAAAUCUCUUCAAGGAGGUGGUUUGAGAAGUGCUAGAAGAGCUGUAAAGCUUUUAAUUCAAAUGGAUCAUACUGCACAAGCAUGCCAGUUAUAUUUAAAGUUAUGUAGUGCAUCUUUAAAAGCACGACUUAAGAGAGUUAAAAGAGAAGGAACAACAGUGCCUUACAUAAAACAAUUAAGUGCUAUAGCAUUUAGUAAUAUUUUUGAACUGUCACAAGAAUUUUUAAAAAUAUUCCCACAAAUUACAAAUUGUGCAUCUGCUCUAGUAUUAUGGUGUAGUCAUGAAAUAAAAUUUCUUGUUUCUCAUCUAAUAAAACAAAUGUUUAUACCUCAGGUUUCUUUAAGUGUACUUGUUGAAUGCAUCAUAAUGAUACGCAAUCAUUGUAAACAGUUAACUCAAAUGGGUAUGGAUUUUCAAUAUCAAUUAGAUAAUCAAUUGAAAAUUCCUUUAAGUCGAACUUUGCAAGACACAGGAGAAAAAUACAUGGAUGCAAUAAAAGUGCGAGCUUCAGAAGACAACUGGAAAUUAAGUAAUCUUCAAACAACUCAAAAUUUUUUGAAUUUGCUUGCUGAACUAGAUAAUCUUGGAAUUCCAUUGCCAGAAUCUUGUAUCAAGAAUAAAUAUUGGAUUUCAUUAACUAAUAAUACAUUAGCUUUUGCAAAGUUAUAUAUAGGACUACUUGAAGAUUGUCUUAAUUUAAUUACACCUGAAACUAGUAAUGUAAUAGAAGAAGUAUUGAUUUCUGUAUUGCAAAUACAAAUUCAACAUAUACAAUCUUCAAUUUUCAAUUGUAAAUUUAAACAAGAUAAAAACUUAAUGCAAGAUAAUGCCAAAUACUUUCACGAUGUCAUUAUUGGUAGAUGUUUGGAGCUUUAUAAAAGUGUAAUUGGAUAUGAUUUUAAAAAAUUGCUUGUCUUGCAAGAAAAAUUUUGUUUUGAAACCAUAUCUAUUUCAAAUAAACCAAGACCAGUUCCACGUACAUCGAUACCAAAAUAUUCAACAACAGAAUUUAUUUAAUAUAUUGUCAUUCCAUAAAUUUUAUUUAAUAUAUCCUUUAUGAUA